GUUUUAUGUGUGUUCACGAAGGAGAGUUUUCGUAUAUUCUUGGCGGGUUUUAAUUAGCAAGUUCUUCUGUUUAGUUUUUGAUCUUCUUUUAUAUAUUCUAUGUUACUAUGGUUCUAUUCUGAGGUUACAGAAGUUGUGAAAUUUGAGAUUUUUUAUGUGUUUAUUUGGUUAUCCUUUUUAUAUAAUUAAAGGGUGUUUUUCAGGCGCAUAUAUCCUUGUAAGAUGGACGGGAUUAUAGUUAGAAGGGUGAUUCCCUCGGACAACAGUUGCCUUUUUAAUGCUGUUGGAUAUGUUAUGGACCAUGACAAAAAUAAAGCUCCAGAAUUGAGACAGGUUAUAGCGGCAACUGUGGCAAGUGAUCCUGUAAAAUAUUCCGAAGCUUUUCUUGGAAAGCCAAACGAAGAGUAUUGUUCCUGGAUUCAGGACUCAGAGAAGUGGGGAGGUGCCAUUGAACUCUCCAUAUUAGCGGAUUAUUAUGGACGUGAAAUUGCAGCAUAUGAUAUUCAGACCACUAGAUGUGAUUUAUAUGGCCAGGAAAAGAAGUAUUCUGAAAGAGUUAUGCUGAUCUAUGACGGGCUUCAUUAUGAUGCUUUAGCUACGUCUCCAUUUGAGGGAGCUCCGGAGGAGUUUGAUCAGACUAUAUUUGCUGUGCGGAAAGACAGGACCAUUGGGCCAGCUGAGGGACUUGCUCAUAAUUUUGUUAAGGAGCAACAAAGGAAAAGGAGUUACACGGACACUGCCAACUUCACUUUGCGUUGUGGAGUAUGCCAAAUUGGCGUCAUUGGCCAGAAGGAGGCUGUGGAGCAUGCUCAAGCAACGGGCCAGGCUAAUUUUCAGGAAUAUAGAUAACAGUAAGCAUUUGAGAAACCGUCGUAAACCGACCCAUUUUGUUUCAGUGAACUCUUUGACAUCAGAAUUCACUGGCUUGCUGAAGAACUAAUAAACGUUUUACUGUUACCUUUGGAAUUGUUGUAGAAAUAUUAGUGCUGUAUGAUUGAAAAAAUGUACUACUUUCUAUUCUGGAAUUAUGUUACAAAAUCAAAAGUUAAUUACCUGUUA